AUGAUUCGGACUCCAGCGACUCCGACCCCUACGACCAGCGUGACGAUCGCCGUCGUGAUGACCGUCGAGAUGACCGCCGAGGUGAUCGCCGUCACCUUCCGCACCGAGGACACCGACGUUACGACCUACGACGACCUGCUCCGCUCUACCAUUAAGACCGACAAAAAUGUGUAUUGGCCGGACAAGUUUAACAACACCGCUGACGGACCAAGCUACAACGAGUGGCUCCGCGGCAUAGAAGCCAAGCUUGGAGUUACGACCUUCCGUUUAGUAGCAGUCGCUGUCUUAUUUGUCCAUUUACGCACCGCCGGUGAUCCCUAG